AUGACUUUUAACAAACGAGCUAUGCUGCUUAGCUUAGCAGCGACUGCGGCUUCUGCACAAUACGGACCUGGUGGUCAAUACGGCCCCGGGGGAUUUGGAGGAGGUAGUGACAGCGACGACAAUGAUUUCGGCUCAUCCUUUGGCGGUGGCCGCGGCGGCUUCUCAUCAGAAUCACGACGCAAGAUCAUUGUAGCGCAUGGUGUUCUGGCAGCACUGGCCUUCGUCUUGUUCUUCCCGGUUGGAUCGAUCCUCAUACGAUUAGGAUCAUUCCGCGGUCUUUGGCUCGUCCACGGCUUAUUCCAACUCUUCGCAUAUGUCGUAUACAUCGCAGCGUUCGGCAUCGGCGUUUGGAUGAUCAACAACAUCCCAGUCAACAUGCUCGACAACUACCAUCCCAUCAUUGGUAUUACCGUCUUCGUUCUUCUUUUCUUCCAACCUAUCCUUGGCUUCGUACAUCACCUCAAGUUCAAGAAAUAUAGUCGCCGAACUGUUUGGUCGUACGGUCACCUCUGGCUAGGACGUAUCCUGAUCACGCUGGGCAUGAUCAACGGUGGUCUCGGCCUGCUUCUUGCAUCAGAUGCACCCGCAUUCACCGGGGUUGCCCCUAGCCGGGGCCAGAUCAUUGCGUACGGAGUUAUUGCUGGUAUAAUGUGGCUACUUUGGGUUUCCGCUUCGGUCUAUGGUGAGAGGAAACGAAGUAUUCCACGGCAGGAAGCAUUGAACAAGGAGGUCGAUACUGGAUCUUCGCGUCCUUAUGAUGACGGAAAGGAAUGCUACGCGUACGUUGGUCGCUAA